AUCGGUUCAGAGACCUUGUGAUGGAAGUACCAGGGUCUGUCUACAGUGUCUCGCCGUGAGGAAACUGUCCUGCAGAGCUCCCUUCAUUAUCUUCCCAUCUCCUCCCCUGUCCAGAAGCGGAAACCCGUAACAUGACACGGUGAGAACUUCCCCCUCCCCCCUCUCAUCUCCCCCGUCUCUCUUUCCUCAUCGGCCUGUCCGGACCCGCAUCUCCGUGGCAGUGGCAGCCGUUACAGGACGGAGGAAUCUUGGAGCUGCCGUCGGACGUCUCACUGUACAGACAAGCGAGCACAGGUUGAUGCCAGUUUCUGCAACGGAGAGCUGAAUCCCCUAAGCUCGCCCAGAGCGGAACACCCAGCUCAGAGAUAUGCCAAUAGAAACCGACAUAGAUGUUCUCCUGUCUUGUUAUCUGGCAGACAGUGACAGAUCACCACAUGUCUCCACCGGGAGGCAGCGGGGACGAAGCGACGUGAGCCCAGCCGACGUCGUUAUCGUUGAAGCUACCGAUACUGAAGGAGCUGCAGAUACACACACCCAGCUGCCAGCUGCACGUGACGCAGAGGGAGGUGACGAUUACGUCAUUACAUGCAACUUCCACGAUGAGGUCGUCACACCAACAGCUAGGGCUCAUCAGCUAUCCACGAAUGCCACCGCUGACAUGCGUCUUGGAAUCAGUCAGGACACUAAACAUAAGUCUAAUGGCGGAAGAAAAAGACCUAGAAAUAUGACCAUAUCCACUUCACCAUCAUGUUCAGACACUUUAAAUGGUGGAAGUUCCGGUAUAGGCUACCACGCAGGACAGGAAGUAAGGACAUCACGAAUUAGUCAUGGUUGCGGGGACAUCGUACCUUCAAUAACAGACAACGGUGAUCUGGCCUCGGCAACACGCAGGGGUUCUACUGAUGGCAAACACUAUGGCCACGUUUCACAUCCAGCUGAAGUAAGCUUAUACACAUCUAUGGCAGAGACUCAACCAGGUGAUGGGUCUGGUAGAGAGCCAUGUAAGAAACAGAAGUUAAUGGUGGACCAUGACAUAACAUGUAUGGAUACGUCGACAUAUGAAUAUCUGGCAACCGUUUCUUGUGACAAUGUUGCGUAUUACCCAACACGGAGUAAUGGGAGUUGGUAUGUUCCUGAGAAAGGAGCACGUAAACCCCACUCUGACUGUGAGCAUCCUCUACACUCUCUGUCUCGAUGUUGCGAGAAAAUGUCCCAUGGUAGUGCUCUGAAGUCGCUGGUCGACGACAUGGCGGCAGAAGUGACUGGACACUCGGAGAAGAUGUAUUUAGAGUAUAUAAAGAGUCGUUGGUUUGAUCCCAGGGCUGGAGCAUGUGACGUGGCUGGUGGUACGGCAAAUGGACGGUCUACUCUAACGUGGCACCUUCCUGUGACGCCUUGUAGCGCGGACACCCUGAACACACUGAAGGCCAAGGUCAAUCACACCGUCAUGAGUGUUUCUGGAGGGACGGUCAUAGAACACCAACGGCAGGACAGUCUUAUUGAUGGGGACAAUGACAAUGGCUGUGGGAAACGAGUUGAAAAUGGCCUGUAUGGUCACAGUGAAAGUUCUGAAUUAGUUGGAGGAACGUCUUUCCCUGCUGUUGUUUGUGGAGCAUCAAGUUUGGGGGAAGGUGAUGAGACGGGUAAUGCGACUUACAAAGCAGUACAGGACAGUGGGCCAUCAAGCGAAGAAGUCGGUGCAGGGCAUAUGCCGUAUUCAGAAAACCAAGAAACGAGUCCCCCGUGUUACAGUGCUGAAUACGUCAGACGUGUUCUGAACAGGCGGAUGUACAUAUUGGAUACGGAGUUUCCUUCACGGAGAAGAUCGGGGUUUCCUUCCCUGACACAUCACUCAGGAUAUAAUUCGUCAGAGAGAACCAACUCACCGUCACUUCACCACACUACAGUAUCAACCAACCCAUCAUCACUUCCCCAAACCAGAAAAGCAACGUUGAGGUAUCCUUUGCGUGAGGAGCAAGGAACAGUUACCUCCAACCACUCAUCAGCCAAGGAUACCCAACUCCUUCCCUCCUUACAGGGUUGCCCUAAAAGGUGUGACGCUGUGCAUAUGAAUGCCAUUCAUCAGUCUGAUCAACUACAAAGUUCCCGUGUCUCGACUGAAGUUGAGGAAGAGUGUUCGACACCCACAACCACAUUUACAGAUUCAGCAACCGGAAGCACCCUUUCUGAUUUCAGGGCCUUGGUUGAAGCCUUUGAUAGUGAAGAGUCCGUGUCACGCCAAGGGGAAAUGGUAAUCGACCCUGUAAAUGGUGCUUGUCAAGGCACAUCUGCAACUGCCUCAAAGCCUGGGUUGUCUCUCCACAAACCCCUUCCAAAGUCACAACAGAUGAUAUACACGUGUUCUCUGUGUGGUCGCGAUAAUCUGUCAAGGAAAACCGUCCGGCGUCACAAGGCACGGAACUAUGACUGCCCGAAGUGCAAGAAGAAAUUUUGUCUUCAAGAACUGUUGGUGAAGCAUAAAAAGUUCAAGUUGUGUGGCCUGGAAGACGGAACACUGAUGACGGACAUUGCCGGUGUGUGACGUCCUUGGACGUUUCGGAGUAGAUGUGUAUAUACACGUGUAAAAUAUAGGUUAAGAAUAAAAGCUUUC